AUGGUCGUCAUUUCUAAUAUCCAUUCCGACAUCAUCCACGAUACAGUGUUGGAUUAUUACGGUCGCAAGUUGGCCACCUGCUCGUCAGAUAAAACAAUCAAAAUAUACGAAAUCGAUGGCGACUCGCACAAGCUAUUGACCACUCUAACAGGCCAUGAAGGUCCUGUCUGGAGAAUCGAUUGGGCCCAUCCGAAAUUCGGAACAAUCUUGGCCUCGUGUUCGUACGACGGUAAAGUCAUCAUAUGGAAGGAAGAAAACGGUACUUGGUCACAAAUCGCAGUCCAUUCCGUACAUUCGGCCUCGGUAAAUUCUGUCAAAUGGGCUCCUCAUGAAUAUGGGGCAGUGCUACUGGCUGCCUCUUCAGAUGGGAAAAUAUCAGUUGUGGAAUUCAAAGAAAAUGGCACUCAAAACCCAAUGGUGUUAGACGCCCAUGCUGUGGGUGUCAAUUCUGCUGCUUGGGCUCCUGCCACCAUCCAAUCGCCAAAGAAUCCGACCGAAAAGCCACUUCCAUUGAGAAGGUUCGUCACCGGUGGUGCUGAUAAUCUCGUCAAGAUUUGGAAAUUCGAUCAAGCUGCAAAUACUUAUAUUCUGGAAGAUACUUUAGAAGGCCAUUCGGACUGGGUUAGAGACGUAACUUGGUCUCCGAGUGUAUUAUUAGGUUCGUGCAUUGCAAGUGUUUCUCAGGAUAGAACUUGUAUAAUUUGGACUCAGUCAGGUAACGAAGGUGUUUGGAGAAAGACUUCUCUACAACAAGAAAGAUUCCCAGAUGUCUUAUGGCGUGCAUCUUGGUCUCUAUCAGGGAACGUCUUGGCUUUAUCGGGUGGUGAUAACCGUAUUACUUUAUGGAAGGAGAACUUGCAAGGUGGUUGGGAACAGGCCGGUGUGGUGGCACAAUGA